UUCCGAGGAGCACCUGAAGGCAGCAUUAAACCAUCAGAUGAACAACAAUCGAACCUGGGAACUCCGAGCAUCCGAGGAGCCCGUGAACGCAUGGCCAAACAACGUCGACACCAGCAGCGGGGCUUCCACCAUCAUGUAGCCCAAAACAGACCCACCAACAUCCAGGAACAUCCGCCGAGAGCAGCGACACAUGUCCGGGGAGCGGAGCUGAGAAACCAGCGCAGACACGGGGAGCUGAGUCGUUCAGCACGGGGAACAUGAAGGAGCUGAAGGGCUGCGGGAUGCGCUCCUCCGUGGGCUUUCUGUCCCGCAGGGAGCUGACCGGACAGCCGCUCAUGAAGGAGGAGUUCCAGAGACGCAGGAUGGCCGGCUGCACCAGCCUCUUCAAGAAGGACAUGCUCGGACACUUCGGCUGCGUCAACGCCAUCGAGUUCUCCAACAGCGGCGGAGAGUGGCUCGUCUCCGGAGGAGACGACCGCCGCGUCCUGCUGUGGCACAUGGAGAGAGCGAUCCACGCUCGCUGUAAACCUGUGAAGCUGAAAGGAGAACACCUGUCCAACAUCUUCUGUCUCGCCUUCGACAGCACCAACACUAAAGUCUUCUCUGGAGGAAAUGAUGAGCAGGUGAUUCUUCAUGACGUUGAGAGACGGGAGACUCUGAACGUCUUCCUGCACAUCGACGCCGUCUACAGCUUGUCCGUCAGCCCGGUCAACGACAACGUCUUCGCCAGCUCAUCUGACGACGGGCGUGUUCUCAUCUGGGACACCCGCGAGCCGCCAAGCACAGAGCCGUUCUGCCUCGCCAGCUACCCGUCAGCGUUCCACAGCGUGAUGUUUAACCCCGUGGAGCCCAGACUCAUCGCUACCGCCAACUCUAAGGAGGGGGUCGGACUGUGGGACAUCCGCAAGCCACGCAGCUCGUUGCUGCGUUACGGAGGCAGCAUGUCGCUGCAGAGCGCCAUGAGCGUCCGCUUCAACAGCACGGGCACACAGCUGCUGGCGCUGCGCCGCCGCCUGCCGCCCGUCCUCUACGAGCUGCACUCCCGCCUGCCCAGCUUCCAGUUCGACAACCAGGGAUACUUUAACUCGUGCACCAUGAAGAGCUGCUGCUUCGCUGGAGACAAAGAUGAGUACAUCUUGUCUGGAUCCGAUGACUUCAACCUCUACAUGUGGAAAAUACCCAAGGAUCCAGAAGCUGGAGGCGCGGGUCGGGUGGUAAACGGGGCUUUCAUGGUCCUGAAGGGUCACCGCUCCAUAGUGAACCAGGUCCGCUUCAACCCGCACACCUACAUGAUCUGCUCGUCGGGCGUGGAGAAAGUCAUCAAGGUGUGGAGUCCUUACCAGCAGCCUAACAGUCUAGGUGACCUGGAUGGUCGGGUGGAGGAUAAGUCUCGCAGCCUCUACACGCAUGGAUACAUCAGCCUGGUGCUGAACAGCGGCAGCGGUCUCUCCAACGACUAUGUCAGCCAGUCCAUCCAGGAGGAUCCUCGCAUGAUGGCGUUCUUUGACUCUUUGGUGAGGCGAGAGAUCGAGGGGUGGAGCUCAGACUCGGACAGCGACCUGAGCGGAGGGCUCAUGCAGCUGCACGCCCGAGGACGGCGCACCGCUCGUGCCACGCCCACCGCCCCCGUAGCUCCGUCUGCUGCCGGUCACCACAGC